UGGCGGGGCGAUGGUCCUGCCUUUCUUUGCUUGCUGUUUUAGUUGCAUGAAGCAGUUCUGAGAAGAGCACUUAAACUGUCAAACAAGAACGGGUGUUAGAAAAAGGCACUUUUGAAAAAGCAUUAUUCUUAAAAUCUUAAACCUCCCCAACACCCACCCACCCCCGUAAUUGUAAAAAGCACUCUGGGGAAAAAGGUCCUUUGGGACAAUCAUGACCUGGAUGACUGAGAAUCUCCAUAGACAUGAUGGCUGUUAUCUUAGUGCAUUUAGUCAUCUUAGUGCAGGUAAAGUGCCAUUGUUAAAAAUGGGGCCAGCAGCACAGUGGAAACUCGCUGCACAACUGCCCUGUAAUCUCUAAUUAGUAGUACACAAAUUAAUGGGAGCAUGGUAAUUUCUAGAUAUGUAUCAAACACACAGGAAUUUCUAGAUGGGUAUCAGCCACAGAGGAAAUGUUGCAACUUCCCAAACAAAAGUUGACAUCACAAGUAGAACUAAUCCUGACCCAGCUAUAUAUUGUUUAAAAAAAAACUCAAAACCUGAUUGAGGAAAUAACUGUAAAAGAGGACACAUAAUAAGGAAGUUGCAAAACAGUGACCCGGAUGCUGGCAGUGGGAGAAGGAAACCCAACAUCCGGUUUGGCAGACUGAACAUUUGAGAAAUUCUGCAAAAUUGUGGAGUUAGUUUACAUCAGCAUCAGUGGCCUUACUGUGAGAAACGCUGCAGUUACUGCAACUUCAACAAAUAUAUUCCCCGAAAUCUGGAUGAGCUUAGAAUGAAGAACUGCCUCAUUCAAGAGGCCCAGACUUUGAUCCAGCUAAGCGAAGUUCAGAGAAUCACUUCAGUAUACUUUGGUGGGGGAACACCAAGCUUAGCCAGCCCGCUCACCAUUGAUGCUAUCCUGGACACUGUCUCCCAAUGCACACAUUUAGCAGAAGGAGCUGAAGUUACUUUGGAAGCAAACCCCGCUUCAGCAGACACCCUUUGCCUUUCUGAGUUCCAGAAAGCUGGUGUGAACCGCCUCUCCAUUGGAAUUCAGUCAUUGGACAAUGCAGAACUCAAGCUUCUUGGAAGGACCCACACAGCUAGUGACGCUUUGAGAACUUUAGAAGAAGCCAAAAAACUCUUUCCAGGGCGUACAUCUAUUGACUUAAUAUUUGGUCUCCCAGGACAGACUGUUGCUUCCUGGAUCCAAGGUUUGGAGAAAGCGCUUGCAGUAUGCGAUGACCAUAUAUCCCUUUACCAGUUGACUCUAGAAAGAGGCACAUCUCUCUUCAAGCAGGUCCAUCAGGGCUUUCUGCCCACAACCAAUGUGGAUAUAGUAUCAGAGAUGUAUGAGUGUGCACGACAUGUUCUACAAAAUUCAGGUUUUCACCAGUAUGAAGUCUCCAAUUUUUCAAAGAAUGGGGCAUUUAGUACUCACAACCUCUCCUAUUGGCAAGGGAGCCAAUACAUUGGCAUUGGACCAGGAGCCCAUGGGCAAUUUGUACUACGGGGAGAUGGUAAGAUGCAUCGAGAGGCAAGAAUACAGACUUUAGAACCAGAUAUAUGGAUGAAAGAAGUAUUGGCCUUUGGGCAUGGAACUCGGAAACGGACUCCACUCAGGGAACUGGAUAUACUGGAGGAAGUUUUGAUGCUGGGACUCCGUAUGGAUAUAGGAAUCACACACCAGCACUGGUUGCAGUUUGCCCCCAGUCUCAGUCUAUGGGAUGUGUUUGGUGAAACAGAGGAAGUCAAAGAGCUGGAAGAACAUGGGUUGCUUUUUCUGGACGACAGGGGACUUAGGUGUUCUUGGAAGGGCCUGGCUCUGCUUGAUUCUCUCCUGCUGAUACUCCUGACGCAGCUCCAACAGACCUGGAUGGAAAGGGAAAAGGGAAUGUGAAGUAGCUACCAAUAUAAUUUUCAUAUUGGAAGUUAACGAGCUUUCAGAGAUGGUUUGUAGUCUGGAAAAUUGUUCCAAUGCAAAGGUGACAUCCCAAGAAAUGAAUGUGUCUUCAGUGAAGCCAAUGAGCUGAUUAUGUUGUCAUGCUGCUGGAUGCAGAGUUUGCUCUGAACUAAACAAUUACUGCAUCCCUGGCUUUUGUCUCUCUAUACUAGGAUGAAAAAUGAUCUAUUAUUCUAGUGUCUUUGUGGCUUGCACUGGAAAUAAAUGAAGCAUGAAAUAUCUUUACGCUGCAUAAAUAAAUGGAUUAUACAGGAACUGGUUUUCAUUAACUAGAACCUUCCACUUUUUUAAGUACUAAGUAAAGGAAUGUUCCUGAGGGAAGAAUUGACCGUGAAAAUAAUAAAAGAUUUGUAUGUUGUAAAUACAGGGGCACUUCUCAUACAUUCAAGUCAGUACAACUGGAAUGUCUUUGGGCUGUUGCUUACACACAAAAGCUACUAAUGCUUCUAGCACAAUAACUUGCCAUACAACAUUCCACUGCAUUCAUAAUCCCAAAUUUCUACCAUAGGAACAGUCUGAAUUAGUUCAAGCAGCCUGCUGUGUUGCUUCUGUUUAUGAUUAAUUCCAUGCAACCCAUUCUUGAUAAUGCAUUUACUGGAAUUACUGGAAUACAGGUACUCCUUGGUUUACAAUGGCAGUUGGGAGUGGAAUUUCAGUUGUUAAAUGAUGUGGUCAGAAAGCACAAUGUCACAUGACCACAACAUUUAGCGAUGGCAAUUGCUGCAGUCCCCAUUGUCAUUGUUAAAUGAGGAUUGGGUCUUUAAGAGAGCAUCUCCUUGCAACUUCCAACAAUUAAAUUAGUAGGGAAACUGGCAGAAAGUUGAAUGUCCCAGGCGGUUUGCAAACAGGUAACUUGGCUGCUGCUGUGUGGGAGAGGGAGUGAAGGGUUGUGUGGGUAGCCAAGGAGGCAUGGUGCAAGUAUGGCUUGGGGUGGCUGCUGCUGGGUAGGGGAAAGUGGGCAAGGGUGAAUAAGUACCAGGGAGAAUGUGCAAGUGGCCAGGAAGGUGCGGCACAAGUACAAUGAGGCUCGGAGUGCAUGUGAGGGUGUAUCAGCAGCAUGUAAGAUACAUAAAUAUAAUUAAUGUAUGCCUUCUAAUACUUUUCACCUGAAAAAUAGGCUGAACUAGCAUGCAAAUUCACCAACCUUUUUAUUCAUUUUACUGUACCUUAAUUGAGUUCUGGGACCUCUUUUUCCCCCUUCUGAUUUUAAUAAAACUUUAUAAUUUGGAUGAAUGAAAAACAUUUUCUCUGUGGUGGAAUGUUUGGUCUCCAGAAAGGGAAACAGUAGUUGAAUAUUGCAUAUUGCCAUCUGUGGAAUCGUAGAUAGAAUUUAAUUUGAUUAUCUCCUACUUUAGAGUUUCUCAAACUUGGGUAAGGGCAGUGACACAAACUGAAAUGUUGAUUUCAAACAUUGUGUUAAGUCAUGGUUUGCUUAACAGAUUAUAGCCAAAAGCAAACAAAUUAUUCAUAAUGUGAACAAGGCCAGAAUGCAGUGUGCAGACACUUCUAAGGAGUGAUGCACAGAAUCUAUUGCUUAGAAUUAGUGGAGCUCUAAUUCUACCAGAUAAUUUUCAGAAACUCAGUUUCAGAAAUUAAAGAGACUUAAUAUGAUUAAUAAUAAUUGCUGUGGAACAAUUUGGUAACAUUUCAUUCAUGUAAUACUGUACAGAACUUUAUUUUUCCCCUCCCCUCCCCCAGCCAAACAACUCAUUAUCAUUCUUUCUGUGGAGACCUUCAGUUCUCUUAGGGAAGCCAACACACUCUUAAGGAAUGACUGGGAUUGAUCACAACAGGAAGCAAUAUCCUAUGAAGCCUCAGGAACAUUGUCAUGCACCUAACCUUGUUUUAACUCAUUUGAUGCUUACUCCAAUUAAUCUCUGAUGACAACAGUGGCAUUUGCCCUAUAUAGAAUUGUUAGGUCAAAAUUGUAAAAAGAAAAUAUGGAACAAAAUGAUAUUACUCACAAGAAAUAAUCCCAAUAUGGAAUAUAAAAGAGAUCAUCUGUCCCGCAUAAUUUAGAUUUGAUAAAGUAAAUUAGCAUUUCCUUAUAUUAAAAUAGAACAUUUAAAAUCAUAAGAGCAAACAUAUUCCAUAUUAGAAUAGAAUAAAAUAACAGAGUUGGAAGGGACCUUGGAGGUCUUCUAGUCCAACCCCCUGCUUAGGGAGGAAGCCCUACACCACUUCAGCUAAAUGGUUAUCCAACAUCUUAGAAACUUCCAGUGUUGGAGCAUUCACAACUUCUGGAGGCAAGUUGUUCAAUACUUCAAGGGACAUUCAUAAUUUAAAUGCAGUAUUUGUUAGCAAAUGCCCACCUUAAAUUAUGCAAUAAUUAUAGAUAGUAUAGAAAAUUGAUGCAUUAUGUAAUUAAAUCAAUAAUUUCCCUACUGUUAACCACUGAGAAAGGUGCAGAAAAUAAAAGUUGGCUAAAGACAAAGCAACCAAAUGUUAAGUACAACAACCUCAAUUACAAUGUCAAUGUAAAGUUAGCAAACAUUUUAAGAAGAUCAUGUAAACAUUAUUUCAAGUGAUAAGAAAAUUUAAAUUUUAGCUACACUUAUUUUUGGAACUUAGUACGAAAAAU